AUGGCAGCUCGCGAUCGACGCAAUACCUUGCAGUCGCAGUUGGCUCCCAGGUUCAUUUCUGUGUAUACUAAGCUCCUCAAGGGAGUUGCGCCCAGUACAAUCAGCCCAAAUGUCGAACACGAGAGGUUCUGGUCCGAAUUGCUCACGUUGCAAGUGGACCGCGAGUUCCUUCUCCAGCAGAUUAAUGCGUUGCACAAAGAAGAUUGUAUGGGAAGACUGAAGUAGUCUCCUCUCAAUACGCUCUUUAGGGAAUGCGUCGCCUUUGCGCGGAAGGCAGCAUAUGAUGACCCGAAGAAAUCCAAUUCUAUCGAGACAAUUUCGAUACUAUCCCGGUGUAUACUCCGCAAGGAUCUCACAGGCUGGGAAGUGAUGGAAGUAUUUGCCGGUGGAGUCCAUGCAAGUGACCAGUUUUUCAUGGAUAUGGUCGAACUAAUAAGAGAACUACUCAGUGAUGAGGCAGCACCUGUCUCCAUACGACAUCAGACUUUGCAGUUGGGCGUCAUCUUUAUGUGCGGCGUCGGUCAGCUCAGUCCUGGCGCUUACUUUCUGCGACGCGAUCUCUUCCCAUCAAUAUGUGAUUUCGUGAAGCACCGGAAUACCAGACAAUAUGCUUUCGAAGCUGCACUAUUCCUCUGUCUGCUAGCCAACUUCCACAGAUCGGAUUCGGCAAAGCUCAAUCCAUAUGUGCACCACAUACAUGAGACAGUUGAUGUGGAUGCCAUGCGCACUAUCUCGAUAGCAUGCAAAUUUGCAGUUGUGACAAGCGUUAAGGCAUACUGGAGUAUAUCAGAUGACUCAGAGCCUACCUUUAUGAGCGCCGUAGGGACAUUGGUGACUAGCCUUCGUCCAGAUCGGGCGUUCUCAUCGAAGCCAGUCGAUCCUCCUCGUGAACUUUUCAAAGACCAGCCGAUAGAAGCGACCCUCGCCUUGUUGCCUGUGUACGAAUUCCUGCACUCCAACCAAGUAUUUGCUUCCUUGCUGUUGGAGGAGCUGCACAUGCCGUCGGAGAAAGCGACGUCCCCGACUUACGAACUUGUUCGCUCCAUCUCGACUUUGAAGAAGCAAAAUGUGCAGCCAGACACUGCGUCCGCGUCAAGACCGAUGCAUGGACGUCACAGACAGUCAUCUGGCUCGGAGGAGGCCUACGACCCAUUGGCACAUGUACUUCGCACCGUAGCUUUCUACGAAGAAAAGGUCCAUAGUGCAAACGCCCGCUCAGCGAAAGAGGCUAUGCGUAUACUUGCGAAACACGUAGACAGUGAGGGCGUGCUGGGCUCACAAGAUGCUGGCCAGUUCGCUGAACCUUGGAUACGGAAUGAAGACCUCUCAGGAUUCGCGAAAUAUGCGGCGAUAGACGGCCUUUCGCUCAUGCCCUAG